AUGGCCGGUGGAAGAAGGCAAGGCAAGUCUGUCCAAGACCCUGCCGAACUAGAAGAGAUGCAAGUUAGUGAACUUCCAGUGGAAAGUUCACGAUUCGCACCUGAUGAAAAUGAUAUGGUGGAAAAAUUUGCUCAAACAAUGGCAAAUGGACCCAUCAUGGACAACAUCCGCAUGAUGGCAAUGCAGCAAGAUAGGUUUGCGCAAGACCAAGCAAAAGUCGCUCAAAACUUAGCCAGAGUUGCUCAAGACCAAUCUAAAGCUGUUCUUUCUCAAAACCGAAAGUUAGGAGACAUGGUGGACCGAAUCUCUCAAAGGUUCGAGUCUAUGUUGGAACGGACCCUUGGAAGCUUAAACCAAGGUUUGGCUCCUCGGCCAAACAACUCUGAAGGGUCCCAACAGUCAGCCUUCCAAGCUAGUAGGCCGGCCAUAUUUGUUGAAGGGAGUUCCUCUCAGCAACAUGUAGGUCCACUCCCUCCAACUCAGCAGCAGGUGCAGUCCCUUCCAAUGGCGCAAACUUACAUUCCAGCUGCACCUGUGACUGCUCCAAUGGUACAGAUGACUAUUCCAAAAGCUGCGCCUAUGCCAACCAUCCAGCAAGUUCAGAAUCCUCCACCUGUGCCAGCCGCACCUGUUCCAGCAAGGCCACCACCUAUGGUCAUUCCUAUGGCGGUUGGGGGGCAACCUUUUCCAAGAGAGCCAUUUCUUGACCAAGGAGGAAGGAACCGUGGCAGGAACAACUAUGCAGAUGCCAACCCCUUGCUUAUGGCGGGUGGAGGGUAUCAAGUGGCCAAUCAACCUCAAGGUUGGCCAGACAACAACCCUCCAUAA